UGAAGAUUCUUUUACCCUAUCACUUGCAUUCUCUCAACCCCAGAAGCAGGCGGCGUUGUCCAUUCCAUCGGACCUGCGCCGACAUGCUCAUUAAUGGUAAGCUCCGACUGGUCUAAUUCGGCUAACGGCAACGGCAGCCUCAAGUCAACUUAGGAUUCGCAAUAUCGACUCAAGUAGCGUGUCGAUUGGAUAUUUUGAUGUUCAGAAGCAUGGCGAAAUACAUAAGGCUGCCAGAAAUGGCUCCCAAAGCGCCCCUGUCACCUCUUCUUCCGCGCGAACAGCACAGUUCCUGGAAUUCCGGAACCCUACCAGCAGAAAGCUCAGCAUGGCGUCCAGUCCCCCUUUGUCCCAAGGUGCAGGAUAUGGCGUUGUCGUCGGUCUCGGCGUGACAUUCGCACUAGGUCAACUUACACUACUCGCUCCUGCUCAAUCACUACUGACAUUGCGUAGGUAUGGUCUGGGUGACAAGAGCCAUCAAGAAAUCGUUCAAUGAAGACAAUAAGUCUACAGAGACCUUCAUGGUGGCUAAUCGGAGCGUCGGAACCGGCCUUACUGCAUCGGCGGUAAUAUCCUCCUGGCUCUACAGUUCCGCACUUCUGGGCGCGUCGCUCCUUACGUAUUCAUAUGGACUGGCAUUAGGAGUGUGGUGGGGAGCCUCAGCAAGCACCAUGGUGUGUGUGAUGGCUUACCUUUCCAUUGAAGCAAAGCGAAAGGCACCAAAUGCGCAUACUAUGCUGGAGAUCGUCAAAACACGGUACGGGUCUGCAGCACACAUACUCUGGAUCUUUCUCUGCCUUUUGAACAACUCGUUCACAUUCUCUGCCAUGAUUGUUGGAGCAGCCGGAUCGGUGACCACGUUGACUGGGAUGAAUAUCAUCGCCAGCACAUAUCUGCUGCCCCUCGGCGUGGCGGUGUACACCUAUUUUGGCGGGCUCCGCGCUACAUUCCUCACAGAUUACGUCCAUACCUUCAUCAUUAUGAUUAUCUUAGUCUGGUUCACCAUCAAGGUCAUCGCGGUCAAAGAGAUUGGAUCCAUUGGAGCACUUUACGAUGCUGUGGUGCAAGCAGGAAAGGACUAUCCCGUCGAUGGUAACUAUGAAGGGUCUUACCUGACUAUGAGAAGCCAGCAAUGUCUCUACUUUGGCAUUUUGCAUAUCACGGCCAACUUUGGAAGUGUCAUCAUGGACACUGGCUUUUGGCAGAAAGGCUUCUCGGCGGAUGUCGCUGCUGCCGUACCAGGAUAUGUGCUUGGCGGGGUUGCCUCCUUCUCAGUGCCAUGGUGUGUCGGUACCAUUGUCGGCCUCGCCGGUCUGGCAUUGGAAGUCACGCCCAUCUGGCCCGGCUACCCAACUAGGUUGACAGCUGACGAAGUGGCCAAUGGCCUAGUGUUACCAUAUGUGGCCCAGGCAGUGGCAGGCAAAGCUGGAGCUGGAGCUAUUCUGCUCACUAUCUUCAUGUCAUGCACGUCGAUUGCUUCGGCUCAAUUGAUUGCCAUGAGCUCCAUCAUCUCAUUCGACAUCUACGGCACAUACAUCAACAAAACUCCAACAAACAAACAAUUGAUUCGCUGGUCUCACAUCGGCGUCGUCUUCUCAGCCUUGUUUGUGUCCACUCUAGCUACAGCUUUCCAUGAAGGGAACAUCAACUUCACCUGGUUACUUUACAUGCUGGGAAUCAUCGCUUGUCCUGGUGUCUUCCCCACCUGCUUUGCGCUUCUGUGGACGAGGCAGACCAAGGCUGCAGCUAUCGCUUCACCAAUAAUCGGAGGAAUCUGUGGUUUUGCUGUGUGGUUUGGGACGGCGUACCAUUACUACGGGACAAUCACCAUUAACUCCUUGGGUGGCACAAUGCCAUGCCUGUUCGGAGUGGUCACGUCAUUCACAGUUCCCUUGCCGGUCAGCGUCGCCAUUUCGCUGGCAAGGCCUCAAAUAUUCGACUUCUCGGUCUUUGGCCAGAUUGAAAGAGUAAAACCCGAGCAUGGAGAGUCCCUCCAGGAUCGUGAGGAUCAAGCAAACUGGUUCUCUCCUGAGCGAGUCAAGUACAUGAAGAGAAUGAGUCGGUACGCUGCCUUUUGGGCUUCAUUCACCCUCCUCGGCCACCUUCUGCUAUGGCCCCUACCCAUGUACGGGGCUAAAAUGACCUUCUCGAAACCUUUCUUUACCGCCUGGGUCAUCAUUUCUUUGAUCUGGCUUUGGUUCACACUCCUAGUUGCAAACUUCUAUCCUCUGAUCGAUGGUGGUGCGCAACAGAUCUGGAUCGUGCUCCGUGGUAAAAAGGGCGUCAAGGCUUCCACAGAAGUUGAUGAAGACUCUGGAAACUCAACACCGUUGCCCGAGCCCCAAAGUGUGUGGCCCAAGAACUAAAGCUGCCAGACUCCAGAGAGAGUCGAAGGGCGAGCUAUAUGAGAGGAGCGUACGAAGCAUGUCGAUCUGCUCUGGUCCAA